CGGGGAGCGAACAGCAUUUCUACCCCAUGGCCGUAAACUGAGUUCGAACGGCUAUAUGUGGGUUGUAUUACUUCCUCACAAGUUUGUGAUUGCUUUUUCUUUUUCGACAGCCUGCACGCGUACGAUAGUGCCUUCUAUGGAUCCGCAGUAUAUUCGGCAUGCCCAGUUCAGUUCUUUGCCGGAGCACGUCACCGAGUACAUUGAGAGGGCGGUUCCCCAGCGUGAUCACAGACGGGCGGUUUUGGAAAUUUUCCAAGUUCCAACUCCACAGGAGGCCGAUCUAGAAGGAAUAUGGUCCGACGAUAGACCCCUUCGGGCUUGCUUCCAAGCUCUACGUGGAAGAUCUUCAAGUGGUCCCUGUGUAAAAUUCUGUACAGAUCCGGAGUACCAUUUUCUCAAGAAAAGAUGUGCACCGAUUGGAAUGGUGCUCCAGCAACUUAGGAAUGUGGUUCAUGACAUCGAGGAACAACUGAAACAAGUAUUGGUCCAAAGUGCGCACGCAACGGAGACACCCAUUGAAGUAGAUACGCACUUGUGGGAUAUGCGCUUUCCUCUCGAAGAAAGCCGCCGCGUAUUUCUGUGGCCUGACUCCAUGCAGUCUGACGAUGCUGGUGAACUUAUGCCUCUGUGGUACAUUUUGAUGGAAAAUUUGGCGCACAACUUUGAGCUUGUCAUGCCACCAACCGACUCGCAUUUUUCCUAUUGGUGCGAUUUCGUCCUUCUCCAGCUGGAACAAGUGGAUGCUGUCGUUGUUACUCCCACGCCAAAACUAUUCGAAGAAAUCAAGGAUGCCUUGAAUGGUUGCCAGCCAAUCGGUCAGACACAAUCUUCGCGCUUUCUAGCCAAUUUUCUCUGCCCACAGUUGUGUUGCAAGACUGAUCCAUUCCAGCAGGUUCGCCGAACGCUUGCACCCACAGUCAUCGGAUUAGCGGGUCUUGGUUUAGACGAUGCCUACUACUUUUCUGGUUUCGUUUUCACUCUCAGCUCGGACAUUCGCCUUCUAAUGAGCACGUUGCGUGAACUUAUCUUGACAAAAAGGCGAACUUGAUAAGACUGCGGUCGGUCACCUUCAGUAUGCUCAAUCAAUCCAGUCAGCUGACUGAUGACCAAACUGUGAUUUCAUUUCCUACCACAAUCUUUUUAAAAAUUUUUUCUAUACCUACU